AUGAGUUUACAGUCUUGGAUGUCAGCACGAGGCCAAUCGCCAAAUGGAUCUAAUAGUAUCAGUACUAGUUCUCAACGUGCCAAGAGUCAACAACAACAUCGACAAUCAACAACCAACGUUUCGCCAACACCCGCCACUACACGACAAUCUGCUACACCUGCUCCAUCGAUAACACGGACAAAUCAUAGUUAUAACGAUUAUAAUGCUCCAGAACCAACCUAUACGCACUCAUAUGAGGAUUAUUCGGCAGGCGCGCACACAUUUGACGACAUAAACGCCUCAACUGGAUACAGCAAUUACGUUGCAACAAGUGAUUAUACUGAUUCAGUCUUCGCUAAAAAGAAUGUUGAUGUAUAUGAUGCUAGCUCGUGGUUUGCUCAUACUGCUGCUGAUGUUUCAUACGAUAAAACCGGCACAUACAUACCGCCAGCACUCAAGACACCUAUGAGCACCUCCUCAUCAAAGAGUGAUAUGAAGUCGGAAAGGAGCGCCGCUUCUACGUCAAAGGCUGACCAAGCUCGAAGCUCGGAUCUACAAAGGAUUGAAGCAGAAAUGGUUGCACUGAAGGAGGCCUUCCUAAGGUCCAUGUCUGAUGCCACUUUGAGUGACGACCGAGUUAGAAGAAUAGAAAGUGCAUUGGAACGACUGGAAUCUUCGUCAAACCAGAUCGCUUCACGUAUGAGAUUAGAUCCAUCGUCCUCUUUUCCAGCAGCUGAACCUGCGGUCGGGACAGCUAUAGGUGAUAAACCUAUAGGACUACGAGAUAUAGAAACGUUGUUAGUGGAUCUCACGGAUUCCAUGGAGAUGCGAACGUCACGAAUAGCAAAAAUGGUGCACGAAGUACAGACUCGCAAUGAUCCUAAGGAAGUCUUGCAAGCAUUGAGUGAUAUAGAAGCGAAACUGGUGCCUCAACCCAUAUCAACUGAAAAGAUCGAGGAUAUCAAACAGCAUAUAAAGACCACGAUAGAAGAGUCACGACGAAACAAGGACCCAGUGCAGUUGCACAGCAUGUCUACUCUAAAAUCUGAUGUGUCUCAUCUCCAAGAAUCUGUCGAGAGAAUGACUACAGAGCUUAAGAGCAUUGACGAAACCAUGGAUAUAGUCGCACAAGCUCAACAAAGCCUAGCAACCCUAUGCGACGAAAGAUUCCCGACGAAAACGAGUCGUGAGUCACCUAGAUGCUUGACUGAUGAUAUAAAGCCAUUAAUGGAGCAAGUCGAAUCAUCUCGAACAGUGCUAAAAGAGCUCAAGACAGUUUGUGAAGACAGUAGAAACGAUAUCACAGUAUUACGACAACGUAUGGAUGACAUGAUUAGAAAAGUAGAUUGUCCAUCUCCAUCUCGAGCGUCAGUCAACUCUCCAUUCGCUGAGAGGUUAGCUCGUUUGACUGAAGCCUGUACUGAGAUCCAGCAAGGCCAGACUCUCCUUGUUAAACGAGUCGAAGAAGUCACGAAAUCUGUAUUGCACGAUAUGCUCUUGGCAAGGCCUAGAGGAAAUCCUGAAGAAGCAAUCAAUGUCACGAAAUCCAUAUCUGAAUUGAAGUCGUGUAUAUCUGACCUGGAGGGCAAAUUAUCGUUAAUGUCAAAGGAAAGCCAGACGGGUCGUGACAUCAAUGAAGGAAAUAUGACUCGAAUAUCCGAGGGGAUGAAGAGACUACAACGAGUUGUGGGUGACUUUGUAGUAUCGGAACGUAAUCCAAAUAUCGAGAAUGUCAAGGACGCUCUCAAGUCAGAACUGACUGGAAAGAUGGAUGUGAUUUUGGAUGCGAUUGAAAUGGUGAAGCGAAUCACACAAGAACGAAACGUAAAUCACGUCGGUCACGAACGUAACAUAAAUGACAAGUCUUCGUCUGAUCGGGUACUGUCUCUUCUCGAGAGCACCCAUAACACCAUAGUGUCGUAUCUGCCCGUAAAUCUAGAGCAACAACUAGAAGCCAUUCAAAAUAGUCUUGCCCAUCUCACCACCACUACAUCGUCACGCUAUGACCCAUCUUCAACAUCAUCAUCACCUCAACGAACGAUAAAAAAAGACGUAUCAGGCUCAAUCUUGGCCCAUUUCGAGGAUCAAGCUAGGAGAGAACGUCAGUCGGCCGAAAGCUUAGACUCUAUUCAACACACUUUAUCAAGACUCGUCGAAUGGACAGACCUGAAUGGCAUCAAUAGUAAUAGCAAAUCGUCAUCUCCAAACAGAAGGGCAGCCUCAGUCCCUGUCUCGACACAGCAAGUCACGGAAAUAGUACCCGAUACAAUAUCAACCGAGUUGAACCAUUUACGCCGAGUGCUACUUGAAUCCAACUCUGUUAUAGAUUUAGAGAAACGUAGGGCUGACUUGACGCUGGAAAUUUCCAACUUGCUAGCUACGAAAUCGCAAUUGGUCGAACAAGUUGGUAAACUAGAGGCUCAAGCUCGUGCCUUUGUCGGCAUUGAUGCAGAAACACCACCACAAUCAUUUGCUACUUCAAAAUCAACGUCUCCAGCUCGUGAUCGUGAUACAUCGGCACCAGUAACGCCAAAGCCCAGGGCCGCGACCAAUAAUUAUAGUGAUGUGGAUAGCACAAACUCAAGUGCAGCUGCAUCAGGAUGGACCAUUCGUUCCUUUUUAGGGGGCAACAUAGGCAAAUCAGACGAGUAA